CUAUGAUCGGAAGGUCGAAACGUCACGGCUUAACAAGCGGAUAGACCUUAGUUAGACCGGUUUUCUUUGCGCAGUGUAUGGUUACUAUGGUGACAACAGUUUGGUUGCCCCUUUUCCACUAACGAUACGUAUCUACCGAGCUUAGGUAUUUUACUAUUAUUAAGUGUUGCUGACACGACAGCACUCCAAACUAAAAUAAGCUUCCAUCGGAUAUUGUCGUCACCGUCUGGAUAUGAACAGAUUAGAAUGUGUCGUGGAGUCCCCAAAAAAUCUGUCCAACAAGGCCAUUGGUCAUCAAGCAGUUCGACGCCCAGAUGGAGUCAUGGUGGAAUCACUUGAUGUUCAACCACGGAAAGACUCCACUGUUCCAGUAAAAGAAAUGGAAAAGGAACUUGGGAAGUUGGAGGUGGUCAGUAUUGAUGGGAUUUUACCAGUGGAAACCAAUGAAAGCACUUCUCUGUCCACUUACUCCAGAUAUAAACCAAAAUCAGCUGGAGGAAGGAGUCCCGCCAAGUCCAGUGCAUUGAAAGCUUGUACCCGAAGGAAAGAAUUGGGGUGCUGCCGACCAGACGACAGCACCGGCCCUACAGACAGGACCAGAGAAUAUGCGGGAUCCACCUUUUCCGGCUGUAAGGCCUUAAGGACAGACAUUAAUAUAAAAGGAAAACAGUCGCCUGAUACUACAGAUGGGACAGGAGAGCAAGCAUGUGCGCAGGAUCAGCCAGGGUCUCUGCAGUCUGCCGACAACUUGUGCAUGACAUCUCAGGAUGAUUCCAAGCCGGAGGAAGAAGGGGAGAUCAGUGAAGAUGAGGAGCACAGAGCCCCGAUUGAGUUGUUUGCUGAGUUCCUGAAGUCAGUGAUGGAUAAAGACUACAUCCUUGCAAAAAAGCUCUGUCAAAUGAUUCUUAUUUAUGAGCCUGAUAACCCUGAAGCUAAACAAUUCAUUCCCUUAAUUGAAGAGAAGUUGCUUUUAGUAGGACAGGAAGAUGAUGAGAGCUCCAAUGACACGGAGGAUAGCUCUGACUCCAGCGACAGCGAGGGGGAGUCCACUUCGAGCUCUGACAGCUCAUCCUCAUCAGAACAAGAAGGAAAGAAGAAAAAACACAAACUCUGUCCACCACCUCCUGUAUCUAAUUGACUUAUUUAUUGAUUAGCUUAUUUGAGUUUGACAUGCAUUGUGCAAAGUUGGACUACCAUGUCCUUAAAGCAUGUGGCUAUACUUACAGUUUGUUUAUGCAAUGCCUCUGUUAAAAGGAAUGUUGCAUGCUAUAUUCACUGUUCUUAAGACCAAUAUUUUGAAAUAAUUUUUAGCCUGUUAAUAAACCAAGCUACAGAACUGG